GACGUUCGUUAAAGCGACACGACGCCUCCAGACCGCCUCCUUCCUCUCCGCACAUGUCGGAACUCCACUUUCUGCCCCAGUCCACAGUGAGCAGGAGCAGCAGCAGACCGCCGGCCCGGCAGCAUGUCCAGCGCGGAGGGGGGUAAACUCUGGGGGGGCCGGUUCGUCGGGGACGUCGACCCCGUCAUGGAGAAGUUCAACGCGUCCAUCGCGUAUGACCAGAGGAUGUGGGACGCAGACAUCCGAGGCAGCAGGGCCUACGUGAAGGCUCUGGAGAAGGCCAGGCUGGUCAGCACCGAGGAGAUGGAGCAGAUCCUGCAGGGGAUGGACCAGAUUUCAGAAGAAUGGCAGAAAGGCGUUUUUGAGAUCAAGCCUGGAGACGAAGACAUUCACACCGCCAACGAGCGCAGGCUGAAGGAGCUGAUCGGCGCCCCUGCAGGGAAGCUGCACACAGGCCGGAGCAGAAACGACCAGGUGGUGACGGACAUGAGGCUGUGGCUGCGAGACGCCAUCGCCGCCCUGACCGUCCACUCCUCGAACCUGAUCCGGACGCUGGUGGAGCGAGCAGCAGCAGAGAUCGAGGUUCUUUUCCCCGGCUACACACACAUGCAGAGGGCUCAGCCGAUCCGAUGGAGCCACUGGAUGUUAAGCCACGCCGUCGCUCUGAGCAGAGACGUGGACCGGCUCCUGGAGCUCCGGACCAGAGUGAACGUCUUACCCCUGGGCAGUGGAGCCAUCGCUGGAACGCCGUUCGCCAUCGAUAGGGAGCUUCUGCGGAAAGAGUUGGCUUUCGACGGCAUCAGUCUGAACAGCAUGGAUGCUACAGGCCAAAGAGAUUUCGUCGCGGAGUUCCUGUUCUGGGCGUCUCUCUGCCUGACUCACCUCAGUAAGAUGGCCGAGGACCUGCUGCUCUACAGCACCAAGGAGUUCUCCUUCGUCACUCUCUCCGACGCCUACAGCACAGGCAGCAGUCUGAUGCCUCAGAAGAAGAACGCAGACAGCCUGGAGCUGAUCAGGAGCAAAGCGGGUCGACUGUUUGGAAGAUGUGCAGGGUUCAUGAUGACUCUGAAGGGUUUGCCCAGCACCUACAACAAAGACCUGCAGGAGGACAAGGAGGCCAUGUUUGACUGCUACGACACGGUGGAGGCCGUUCUGCAGGUCGCCACUGGAGUGGUGACCACUCUCAAGAUCAACCAGAGCGUGAUGGAAGCGGCGCUCAGUCCCGACAUGCUGGCGACCGAUCUGGCCUACUACCUCGUGAGGAAGGGGGUCCCGUUCAGAGAGGCUCACGGUCUCUCCGGUAAAGCCGUGUUCGCUGCCGAAACCAAAAACGUGUCCCUGAAUCAGCUGACGGAGGAGGACCUGAGCGCCAUCAGCCCCCUGUUCGAGGCGGACGUGUCCUCGGUGUGGGACUACCGGAGCAGCGUGGAGCAGUACGGCGCCCCCGGGGGGACGGCUCGCAGCAGCGUCGCCGCUCAGGUGGAGCAGCUGAGGAGCUGGCUGCAGAAACACGGGCCUCCACCCUCCUCCACCCCCUCCGCCUCCUCUUAGAGCUCAGCUGUCUGGAUCACAUGUGCCUUCUGGAAAGAUGUGAGACAAACUAGAAAGACGGUUUUUACGGUUUCCAUUUAGUGUUUCAUCAAAUAAACCAGUUCUUGUAAGAUCUGCUGUUCACCGGCAAUUUUAUUUCUAUGUAAUUUGGAAAAAAACCUCCUUAUACUGUACGCUCAGGCCACAUUGAUGCAACUGUUUGCAGUUUCUGCCUUGAUGUAAUCAUUGGAUAACAGUGUAACGCCUUAAAAAUAAUUCCACAG